AAGAGAGAGAGAGAGAGAGAGAGAGAGAGAGAUUUCUGCAGGGGUAUGCGUAGGUUAGUUAUCCUGUCAUCCCCUCAGAAGGAAAUAUAUAAAUACAAAAAGAGAGAAGCCCUUGGCUAUCUUUUCCUUGAGCCUGUUUCUUUCUGCAACCGAUUGGGAUUUUGGAAUUUCUAGGGUUUAGAGAGAGAGAGAGAGAGAUCUUUCAUGGCGAAGAAGAGGAAAUCCGCCGCUACUCGUCUCGAUGAGGUCGAUCGGACGAUGUACACGACGUUCUGCAGCGCGGCUAAUUCUCUCUCGCAGCUCUACACGCAGGCCAUGAAUCAACAAAAGCUCGCCUUCCAGGCCGGGGAGCGGCACGCCAUGGAGAAACUUUACCAGUGGAUCUUGAGACAACACGAGGAGGGUUCAAGAGUCAUGGGAGCUGAUAUAGUUGCUUACCUUCAGAAUGAACUUGACUAUGGUGGAGAGGACCCAUCGAUGUCCCCAAGAUUGCAACAUCAACACCAACAUCACCAAACUGCAAUGCAUUCCAUAAAUUCAAGUCUUCAAGCAACUUCCGGUUCAUUUGGCCAGGCUGCGACUGGACAGGGUCUGCGGUCUGGCCACUCUGAUCAAACCAAGAACUCAGUUUUCUCAAAUGCUCUAUCCAGUCCUGUUCGGCGGAGCCUUCAGCCCUUUCACUUCGCUCAGGGUGGAUACUAUCCAAAUAACGUUUUGCAGCCUGGAAAUGGUGCGGCACGGAAUCAGGAAAUGAAUUUCCCUCAUCCAAACCGGGAGUCCAAUUCCCUCAGUUCCAAUGAUUCAUCAAUGGACAUGCAUGCAGAUAGCCCCAAUCAGGAACCUUACUAACAGGAGCAGGCUGUUGGAACCGCCACUAGCUCGUAUGCCUUGGCGGGCCACCGUACAGAUUUUCAAAGACCACUUAUCAUUGUUUUGCUGCGACUCCCAGAGCUGAAAACGCAAUACCAAUAGUCACUACUUAGGAAAUAAGCAAGUGAUUCCCGCAUCUUGGAGUAUGCAAAAAUGGGGGAAAAAAAAAGAAAAAAGAAAAAAAAAAGCUACAACAUCCAGCAUGGUGACAAGGAAAAUCAUUUGGCCAAUUGUCGAGAUGUGCCCUCCAUUCUCUUGCUUUUUUGCUGUUCUAGAUGAAAAUAUGAUUACUGAUUUCCUUUUAAAGAAAAUUCCUCUUUGAAUUCUCGCUGUAGUAGGUGCCAUUUUACAGAUACAUUGUGUAUUGUUUGCUGCCCUCCAACUUUCUUGUCGGGCUAGAUUUGUAGCGAAUCAGCUGUUUGUGGAUUGGGAUUUUCUGCCGUA